GCUUCUACUUCUGUCAAUCUGUCAUUUUAAGCAAAUCAUGUUCGUGGACUGUGUAGAGUGGUGUUAAUAAUUUGACGAACUUUCAUAAUAAUUUGUGUUUUAUUUAAUUAUCUCAUAAACUUAAUCGUGAAUAUCACUUGUGAAUAUGGCAGACCAAAAUAGUCCAGCAGGAGAAACUGGACCCCCGAAGGGCAUCCCAGCAUUGAAAGCUCACAUUAUAGCAAAUAAAGUAGAUGUUGCACUUUGGGGCAUCAGAAUUCUUACAGUGCUCUGCACAAUAGGAUAUGUAAUGCCACUAUUUAAUAACCCCGUGUCAGCGUUUUACAAGGCUCUGUUAGCCAAUGCUGCAACAUCAGCCUUGCGGUUGCACCAACGAAUCCCACCACGGGAGAUCUCUCUCUCGCGGGAAUUCCUCGCCAGGUUCUUCUUGGAAGACAGUGCUCAUUAUCUCUUCUACUCGCUGAUUUUCAUGAAUGUCGCGCCAAAUUUGUUGAUCUUGACUCCAAUCUUUCUCUUCGCACUACUUCACGCCGCCUCCUAUUCACUCACCAUACUUGACACUCUGGGGCAAAACUCGAUGUGGGUGGCGCGGCUGCUCAUCUCGCUGGUCGAGUUCCAGUCGCGCAACAUACUGCGCGCCGCCGCGCUCGCGGAGAUCGUCCUGUUCCCCGUCGUCGCCCUUAUGGCACUAUUCGGUUACUGCGGGCUACUGACCCCGUUCGUGUACUACUACUUCGUGACGUGGCGCUACGCGUCGCGGCGCAACCCGUACACGCGCAACACGUUCCGCGAGCUGCGCGUGCUGGCGGAGCGCGGCGCCGCGCGGCCGCAGCUGCCGCGCGCGCUCGCCUCCGCGCUGCGCGCCGCCGUGCAGCUCGUCUGCCGCAUGGCGCCGCCCACGGAACAAGUGCACCAAUAACGCCCGAUAAAAUUUCUUCCGGUGACUGGAAUUUUCCAUUGGAAUGGUUUUAUUCGGGAAAGAAUUCUAAGACUAUAUUCUUCAGGUUGUAUGGAAAGAAGACUUAAGUUUCAUUCUGUCCAAUUCUCUUUACCACGAAGCAUUUUAAACACACAACUUUAUACAUACAAACUUACUUUGUAACCAUACAGUCUGUACCCAAUAUCAAACUUUUUAUAUGAUUGAUUUGUUGUAACUUGUAACAUUUUGUUUGAAUAAAUUUGUACCGAGACGUUUUUGCGUCUAAUAAAAUAUGUAUGUGUUUUCAAAAUGAAACUGCGUAGUUGAUUAUUAACGUUUUUUGUACAGCUUCGCAAGCAUGCCCACGCAUUUUUUAUCUCCAUACAGUGUUUGUUUGUUCACUUUUAUUAUUAUUAUAGUUAAAUUGUAUUAUUUACACGGUUAAAUGGGACUAGAGAAAGGUAUUAAUUAAGUUUAAUUUAAGUAUGAGAAUUGAACAAGUGAAUUUAGUUCACAAUUAUUUUUUAAUGUAGCUAAGUUUUGUAAUCAUGAGACAUGAAAUCCUUGUCGUCUAAGAUUUAAUAAUUAUUAUAAAACAUCUUUAUACAUUAUGAGUACAAUAUUUUGUAGGAGGAUGGGUUGAUUAAUUUUUAGUAAUAAUAUUGUGCAUACUCGUUAAAAUCUCUAUAUUUUGUUGUAUCUUGGAUCGUGCCUCGUUGAUUCCCUUUCUGCAUUUAAUCCGUGAUAUUUUUAAUUCUGUUGAAAUAUCUACCAUUAAUUGCGUAUUUUUAGUGAUGAUUUUGUCGUGAACAUGUCGGUUGACUGUCGGUUACACAUUUUGUAUUUAGUUAUAUCAAAGCACUCGGUUUGGGAUGAAUGUAGUCAUGACUUUUAAUAAAACAUUUAUAAAUAUGUGGUUUUUUCAUUUAACUGUUUUAUUAUAUAAAAUAAAUUAUUAUUAUUAUUAUACUCGCCUGAAAUGUCCAACGGCAGGGCAAAGGCCUCCCUAAUCUCUUUCCACUUCUCUCUCUCUUCAGAACCACCAUAGACCAGUCCUUCAUGAGGGAGUCCUGUUCUUCCCGCCAUCUCCGCCUGGGUCUGCCUCUCUGACGUUAGCCUUUUUUUAGACAUUAUACAUACAAUAUACAUACAUUGGGUUGUCACUGGCCCAUUGGUCAUUUGGUGUUCGGCAGAUAUGUCCAGCCCAGUCCCAUUUUAGCGUAGCAGAUAUAGUGUGACAUCAGCAAUUUUCGAUCUAGAACGAAUUUUGGUAUUCUUAAUCCGGUCUACAAGUUCAAUGCCCAGAAUAUUCCGUUCCACUCUGACAAAUUUGAAGUGUGGACCUCUGCUGGACUGUCAAAGACUAAUAUCUGGGCACCAUAGGUGAGGAUGGGAAGUAUGCACACGUUCAUGAGUCGCCUUUACAGGGAUAGAAAAAAAAUUACUCAAAACAAAAUAGGUCCCAUCACUUUUCGCCGUGUUGUGGCUGGUAAGAAUACCCACUACCCCAUAUCUUCCCGUGGGUGUCGUAAGAGGCGACAGAGGGAAACAGGCAGGAGAUGGGCAGCAGCAUCUUCCUGAUAACAGC